UCGCACGUUGACAAAACACCAAAACACACACACCCCCGUCCGUGUUCCGGGUCGUCUGCGCGGCUCCUCGGGAAUGUGGCGGCGUUUAGCGGGCCGGCGUGGCCCCCCUCGGUAGGAGAGCACGCUGAGACGCCCAUCACUGCUACCGCGAGCGACCCCGGCCGGUGGCGCUGAGCGUCCUCCGCCAUGGCCAAGCGAGAGGCCGGGAGCACCAGCCCGGUGGUGCGCCAGAUAGACAAGCAGUUUUUGGUGUGCAGCAUCUGUCUGGACCACUACCGCAACCCCAAAGUGCUGCCCUGCCUGCACACCUUCUGCGAGAGCUGCCUCCACAACUACAUUCCCCCGGAGUCUCUGACGCUCUCGUGUCCAGUAUGCCGGCAGACGUCCAUCCUCCCGGAGAAAGGAGUGUGCGCCCUGCAGAACAACUUCUUCAUCACCAACCUGAUGGAGGUCCUGCAGCGAGACCCGGAGUGUUCCAGACCGGAGGCCUGCAGCGUGCUGGAGUCGGUCAGCGCGGCGGCGGCGGGGAAACCUCUCAGCUGUCCAAACCACGAAGGAAAGGUGAUGGAGUUCUACUGCCAGUCGUGCGAGACGGCCAUGUGUCUGGACUGUACAGAGGGGGAGCACCGCGAGCACACCACCGUCCCGCUGCACGACGUGGUGGAGCAGCAGAAGGCGGAGCUCAGAACGCAGCUGGACGCCAUUCACAGCAGGCUGCCUCAGCUCACGGCCGCCAUCGAGCUGGUGAGCGAGAUCUCCCGCCUGCUGGCGGAGAGGAAGAAGGAGGCGGUGGCGGAGAUAACGAGCACCUUCGAGGAGCUGCAGCGAGCUUUGGACCAGCGCAAGACGAGCCUCAUCACAGACCUGGAGAACAUCUGCAGCACCAAGCAGAAGGUUCUGCAGGCCCAGCUGGCGGCCCUCAUGCAGGGCAGAGAUCACAUCCAGAGCAGCUGCAGCUUUACGGAGCACGCUCUCAGCCACGGCACCGCCACUGAGGUUCUGUUAGUCCAGAAGCAAAUGAGCGAGCGCGUGACAGCGCUGGCGAGACACGACUUCCCGGAGCGAGCGCAUCAGAACGCACAUCUGGACUGUCAGGUGGAGACUGAAGGCCUGCGGCGCUCCAUCCAGAACCUGGGUGUCCUCCUCACCACAGCGGCGGUGGCUCACACCUCUGUCGCCACGGGGGAGGGUCUACGCCACGCCGCCACCGGGCAGCACCAUAGCAUCACCGUGACGACCAAAGACAAAGACGGAGAACUGGUGAGGACGGGGAACGCCGUUUUAAAAGCCCACAUCGUGUCGACGGACGGCGGCCGUGUCGCCGAGCCGGACGUGACGGACAACAAGAAUGGGACGUACGAGGUGGGCUACACGCUGCGCUCCGAGGGCGAGUACUCCUUCGCCCUGGCGCUCUACGGGCAGCCCGUACGCGGGAGCCCCUUCCGCCUGCGCGCCGUCAAGCCCUGCGACGUCCCGCCGUCGCCCGACGACGUCAAGCGACGCGUGAAGUCUCCCAGCGGCCCCGGGGGCCACAUCAGACAGAAGGCGGUGCGGCGGCCCUCCAGCAUGUACAGCACCACCAAGAAGAAGGAGAACCCCAUCGAGGACGAGCUCAUCUACAGAGUGGGGUCCCGGGGCCGAGAGAGGGGAGAGUUCACCAACCUCCAGGGCAUCUCGGCCUCCAGCGGUGGCAGAGUGGUGGUGGCUGACAGCAACAACCAGUGCAUACAGGUCUUCUCCAACGACGGCCAGUUCAAGAUGCGCUUCGGUGUGCGAGGCCGGUCGCCGGGGCAACUGCAGCGGCCCACGGGCGUCACCGUGGACCCCAACGGCGACAUCGUGGUGGCCGACUACGACAACCGCUGGGUCAGCAUCUUCUCCUCUGACGGCAAGUUCAAGAACAAGAUCGGGGCGGGGCGCCUGAUGGGUCCGAAGGGCGUGGCGGUGGACAAGAACGGACACAUCAUCACGGUGGACAACAAGGCCUGCUGCGUCUUCAUCUUCCAGUCCAACGGCAAGCUGGUCACCAAGUUUGGAGGGCGGGGGAUGACGGACAGACACUUUGCAGACAAACUGGGCCCAAGCCUAAAUAAGUCUGGCUCAGUUUUCAGUCCGCACUUUGUCGCCGUCAACAACAAGAACGAGAUCAUAGUGACGGACUUCCACAACCACUCGGUGAAGGUGUACAGCGCCGACGGAGAGUUCCUGUUCAAGUUCGGCUCUCACGGCGAAGGAAACGGACAAUUCAACGCCCCCACGGGAGUGGCGGCGGACGCCAACGGAAACAUCAUCGUGGCCGACUGGGGGAACAGCAGAAUACAAGUGUUUGACAGCACAGGUUCCUUCCUGUCUUACAUCAACACGUCGGCGGACCCUCUGUACGGCCCACAAGGUCUCGCCCUCACGUCAGACGGCAACGUGGCCGUGGCCGACUCCGGCAACCACUGCUUCAAGGUGUACAGAUACCUGCAGUAG